AUGAAGUUCUUCUCCACUAUUGUUUUGGCCAUACUGGCUGCCUCCCAGGCCAGUGCAGCUGUUUCCGUCUCAUCCUGUGCUCAAACUUGCCUCAGCAGCAUGAAUGAUAAGGCCUCUGAGCUCGGUUGCGAUUCUGGUGAUUUGAGCUGCCUUUGCUCUAAGGCUGACUAUGCCAACGGUAUCCGUGACUGCACCAAGGAGGCUUGCCCCGAUGAUGACUCUGCCAGUGUCCUCUCUACCGCUUUGGCUAGUUGCCCCAGCACCACCACCACCACUGGUUCCUCUACCGGGUCCUCAACUAGCUCCUCGACUAGCUCCUCGACUGACUCCGGUGGUGAGUCUACGACUGUUUUCACCGAAACUACCACUUCCGGAACAGAGGUUGAGACUAGCACUGUCACUUCCACUUUCGGAGUUGGUACUAGUGCCUCUGGCAAUGAGUCCAUGACGACUUUCACGCAAACUAGCACUGGCAGCGUUUCGACUGGCACUUCACUUUCCAGCGGUGAAACCACCCUGAUCACAAGCACAACCACCAGCUCUGGUGAUUCCACUACGCUGACUCAGACCAGCACGUCCACUUCAACCGGCGGAUCUGACUCCGGUAGCUCUGCUACCACGUCUGGCUCUUCCUCGACUUCGACUGGAGCCGCACACCCCAUGGCCACUGUCGGCAGUGGUGCCAUGGGAGCCCUCGGCCUGGCUGCUCUGCUUGUGCUGUAA